AUGCAUGUCUCGGCCGGCUAUACCGGAAAACCGAACAUGCAUGUCUCGGCCGGCUAUACCGGAAAACCGAACAUGCAUGUCUCGGCCGGCUAUACCGGAAAACCGAACAUGCAUGUCUCGGCCGGCUAUACCGGAAAACCGAACAUGCAUGUCUCGGCCGGCUAUACCGGAGAACCGAACGUGCAUGUCUCGGCCGGCUAUACCGGAAAACCGAACGUGCAUGUCUCGGCCGGCUAUACCGGAAAACCGAACAUGCAUGUCUCGGCCGGCUAUACCGGAAAACCGAACGUACAUGUCUCGGCCGGCUAUACCGGAAAACCGAACGUGCAUGUCUCGGCCGGCUAUACCGGAAAACCGAACAUGCAUGUCUCGGCCGGCUAUACCGGAAAACCGAACAUGCAUGUCUUGGCCGGCUAUACCGGAAAACCGAACAUGCAUGUCUCGGCCGGCUAUAGCGGAAAACCGAACGUGCAUGUCUCGGCGGGCUAUACCGGAAAACCGAACAUGCAUGUCUCGGCCGGCUAUACCGGAAAACCGAACAUGCAUGUCUUGGCCGGCUAUACCGGAAAACCGAACAUGCAUGUCUCGGCCGGCUAUACCGGAAAACCGAACAUUCAUGUCUCGGCCGGCUAUACUGGAAAACAACAACGCUCGCAUACAAGUGCAUCAGCAGAAUAUAGCAUAGCGUUUCUUUUUUUUAUAUAA